CCGGCGGACGAGGAGACGCCGACUAUCCUCUCCCGCUCUCAUCCGCGCGCGAAGAUGAUAAAAGCACGUCGGACAACAGCGGCGCGUCGUAGUUCUUUCGGGAUCGGACCAGAAGGAACGUGAAUUUCAACGGCGACCGAGUCCGGGAUGGCCUCGAAGCCGAUCGUCCAUCUGCUGAUCGCCUGCGGCGUUCUCGCCGCGGCAACGUCGCUCAAUCAAAACAGCAGGUUCUCGAAUCAUCUGUUUGACAAUCAGCUGAAUCGUGGUCAGCAACAAUUCUCGCCGAAACGUGGCCCAUCCGCAUCGUGUCCAGAAAGGAACGGCCGUUAUCCGGUGCAGAAUCAGUGCGACGCUUACGUCGAAUGUAUUGAUGGGGUACCCGAGGAGAAGCUGUGUCCCGAAGGCUUGUUCUUCAACCCCGAAGCGCGCUUCAAUUAUCCCUGCGGAUAUCCGAUCGACAUAGACUGCACGGGCAGGCCGAAUUUACAGCCGGCAAAUCCGACCAACGACUGUCCCCAUCAAUACGGCUACUUCAAGAUCGGCGAUCAUCAACACUGUGGCCAGUUCAUGAACUGCGUGGAUGGUAGGGGCUACGUGUUCGAUUGCCCGGAGGGUCUGGCCUUCAACCCGCAGUCCUAUCGAUGCGACUGGCCGGACCAAGUGCCGGACUGCGACGCCGAGACCUUUCUGGGUUUCCGCUGCCCAGAGGUGAGGAGCGGUCCCUUCUUGGACGCCGAGAUUAAGUUUUACCGCAGCCCUGCCGACUGUCGCCACUAUUACAUCUGCGUGAACGGCCGUCCAAGACUGCAGAAUUGCGGCAUUGGAAAUGCCUUCAAUGACCUCAUCGACACCUGCGACGCCGCGGAGAAUGUCACCGGCUGCGAACACGAAGCAAUAGCGAGAACCACCCCGUCGUAUCAACAGGCGAGGCUCUUUUAAAUUCUGAUAUAGCGGAAAAAUGAAAACGAAGAUUGGGGCAGCGUAUAAGUAACUUCGAAGGAACAGCGAUCAAGAAUUGCAGCGAACUUCGAUACGUGGUACGAUAUAUUUUCGACACGACGAAGUUCCACGUGCGACGCAAACGAUAAUAAUUGAAAAGAUGCGUUACGUUAAGUAAGAACGAAAUAAAAACCCAAUUGCCAUACGUGCGCCGAUGCCAUAAGUAAUGUAUAUACUGUUGCCUUAAAACUAUAUUUAAUGUAGCUCUGUAGAAAACUUUUAAUAAAUAAAAGUGCAAAACAAA